AUGGACCAUCGACUUACGAUGCAUAACGAGACCAGGGUGGACUCCCACCUCAACGAUUUGGUUGGAGAUCGCUUCGUUGUGUGUUUCACUACCUUGGUCGUCGCCCUGCUCCUUUCUCGCAUCUUUACCAAGCCCGUCAUCAACCUCCCGGAGUUGAACCCCAAGAAGCCGUUCGAAUUCACGAACCGUCGCCGACUCGCCGAAUUCUUCCAGCAUAGCAAGGAGAUUCUCAUUCAAGGCCGAGAGCGCUUCCGCAACAAGCUGUACAAAGCGUACUGUGACUGGGGUGAGGUCAUUGUCGUUUCUCCUGAGCACAUUGAAGAGCUCAGAAGUGACUCACGAUUGAGUUUCAUGGUUCCAGCAAAUGAUGAUACUCACGGCUAUAUCCCUGGUUUUGACCCUUUCCAACUGGAUGAGCGCCUCGCCAAGCUUGUGACGAAGCACUUGACCAAAGCACUGACAAAACUUACCGCGCCAAUUUCCAAAGAGGCUGCUUUUGCCCUUCGCUCGAUCUUGACAGACUCAUCCGCGUGGCAUGAUAUGAAUCCGAAAGAAGAUCUAGUCCGCCUCGUUUCCCAGAUGUCGACGAGGAUCUUCCUGGGAGAAGAAUUUUGCAGGAACGAAGCCUGGAUCAAUGCAUCAGGAGACUAUACUCUCGCUGCAUUUGAAGCCACUGACCCCGUCAGAAUGUGGCCUCGUCUUCUCCGCCCGGUUGUUCAUUGGUUCAUGCCAAUCUGUUGGGACCUCCGACGCAAACUAGCAGAUGCCCGCCAGAUUCUCGAGCCCUAUAUGGCAAGUCGCAACGCGAUAAAAGCCGCCGCUCUGGCCAAAGGCGAGCCAUGCCCAUUUGACGACCUCGUUGAGUGGUGGGAAAGCGAAUACGGCCCCUCAAACAACCACGUCAUCAACCAACUGACCCUCACGAUUGUGGCGAUUCAUACGACCAGUGAUCUUCUCCAGCAGACGAUGAUUGAUAUUGCAAAGAACCCGGAACUCUUUGCGCCACUCCGAGAAGAAGUCGUCCAAGUCUUGGGCUCGCAAGGUCUCAAGAAGACUGCGCUGUAUAACCUCAAACUAAUGGAUAGUGUGUUCAAAGAGUCGCAGCGGCUCAAACCUGUCUUGCUCGGUAUGUCGAGAGAACUUUCCAUCAAAUCAACAACGCAAAUCAACGGGGGCAAAUUCUAA